AUGUUUUCCCCCAGAACUUCUAGAUUAAUCAAUGGGAACCUGGAGAAGGAGAAACAGUUUUUGGCUGAAGAGCAGAAGCUGUGCAGAGCGAGGGCGCGCAAGUUCUUCCUGGAAACCCAACGGCGCAGGAAGGCAUUGGAGGAGAGACGGAAACAAUGGGAUGUCCAUGAGCAGCGCAUAAGAGAAAAUGCACUACAGCAGCGAAGACAGAAAGUACAAGAGGCUACAGAGCGCUUUCAAAGAGCACAUCUACCUCUCUCUCAAAGGCGCAGACAAUCUACUAAAAAGAAUGUCCCAACUCUAGAAGAUGCACUUAACCACAUCCAAGGAAGCUUACAUUCUGAUAACCGUCAGUCCUCUUUUGCAUCCAUAAGCAGAAGUCACACUCCGUCUCCCAAAACAACCUCAAAAGGGAAAUCCUCCCCUCGGCAUGCCCUGUCUGCAAUGGAGGCCUACACCGAACUGUUUCAGGAAAAAAGUUUUGUUUCACUUAGAAACAAUCCAAACACACGUGAAAUCCAGGAGAAACCAAAUGACAGCAGUCCACGGUUCUGACAGCAUGCGUCGGCAUUAAGGUUCAUUUACAUGUAAAGACAUGUACAAGACUCCAGUCCGAAUAAAUGCUCGUUGAAACCAAAGAACGAUUUUGAG